CUAAAGUUCAACACGGUGUGUACCCCCUCAGCAUUUCUUAUUGUCCCACAGUGAUGGUCAAGCGACGAGAGACACACAGGCGUACGCCUCGCUCACUGCGCUCACUGCACAGCCAACGUCCGUCCAAGAGUAUCGAAACAGCUUCUUCGUUCAUUCAGACUGCGAGCACCGAGGACAGAAUGAGGGAUCAAGGAUGUCAAAUAAUGACACGCAUCCUUUGCAUCAUCACUACACGCACAUGCUCACAGAGGCACCCGAGAAGAAAGAGAAUAUUCGUCAUCCCACAAUGGGUGGAUUGAUUGCUUUACUGAUGGAGUGUCUGUAUUGUCUCUUUUGUGUGCACUAGAAAUUUGAGCCGCACCUAGGACUAGAAUUUCUGCACAGGACUUGCUGCUGGGGCAGGUGUCUUUUCAGAAUAUGCGGGAGGGGCAGCUUGGGUGUAGCCGCCGACGGGCUGCAUGGGCUGAGGGGGAAGAGGCUGCUGCUGAUAGAGUGUGACAGCAGGGUAUUGAUACUGCGGCCCUGUCUCCUGGCCGCCCAUUGCCGGAAUGAACGGCCGAUUCUCCGCAAUGAAUUGCUGCACACAGACAUCAAUAUAUCUCUUGUUGACGAGCAAGUCAAGUCAAGGAGCAACUACCAGUGAGCCGCAGGCAGGAGAGAAUAUUAGGGCGUAACUGCAGCAGUCAGUCUUCAUCAGCACGCCAUCUGAUAACCACAUAUGACGGUGUAUGCCAGUCAGAUGCCUUUUUGGAGAUCCGUACCGCAAGGAUCAGUCAAUUGGCCUUUUGUACGCCCACAAUAGCACACCGGGUUGGUGCAGCCUGUAUAAGGACAACAUCAGCAGCGUGUAUCUCUCAUCCAUAUAGCCGAUGUGUCUCCAUCCUUUCCCUGUCUGUCUUACCGAUCUGAACAAUGUCAGUGACUUCUGCGAAUCUGAGAGUCUUUGAGCACAAGAAGGUCCUGAGUACAUAGCCUACAAUACAGUGUAACCGCCAUGCAUAUAAAAUGAACGACCGACAAGCUUUCUUCUCUCCCACUCUCCUCCUUUCCAUGUGUGUAUGUACCAAAGUGUGUCCUCUCAACGUUUCGAGGUGCCGAUGCCACGGAUAUGACAAUGAGGAUGGCCAGUCUGCAAAGAGCAGCCGAGAUUGACACGGAGACACCGUGUGUUUUCAUUGGUAUGUCUCCCAUCUCUGUUUGCUUACAUUAUGAGCACAUGAGACAUAGACACCAGCACAACCGCUGCGUCGGCCGCCGUAGUACCGAUCACAAGGGCGAGUAUGGCCAGAAAAGGGAUGGCUAUCAGGAACUAGACACACACACACAACAGAGAGAGAGAGAGAGAGAGAGACGUCGCGAUUCAUGUCCGCAGAGCGCAUGACAAAGCAAGCAGAUACGGAUGCAGGUGGGUGUCCCUCUUGUGCGUGCGUGUACCUUCCAGAAUGCCGUGUACUUGAUGUCGUACGUCUGAUAGUCGGGGCAACACACAUAUGAAGAGAGAAUGGCUUGAGCUGACAACGCUAUAUUGCAUGCGACCACUCGUACCUUCUGUAGUGACGGCAUUUGUUGCUGGCCUCCAUACUGCACGCCCAUCGGCAGCCCCACAGCAUAAGUCGGUUGCAUCCCGGCUCCGAGAAGACUCUCGAAUGGGGGCUGCUCGUAGUCUUUUCGUGGACAGAAAGCCGGGCUUGUGUGUUUCUCCUCUCGUCCGCCACAAACGGCCUCUGCUCCUUCCUCUUUC